CACAAAACAAACAGGCUGCCGUCUAAUAUCAACGCAGAUCGCCUCAUAUUAUGAACAUUAAUCAUCAUUUUAUCAGUCAGUUAGGUUUUGUUUUCUGUUCCAGCACUAGAGAAGUGGCGGUAAACACUGGAAGAGCGCGGGAUUGUACUUUCUUCAAUAUUCUCGAGCAGAUAGCGGUUUCCAAUGUCUCAGUUUAAAACCAGAGUGACAAUAGAGAAAAGGGAGUCAGACAAGAAAACACUUCCCCAGCCUAGCUCUUCUUUAAAAGCCAGACGAGAAGAAAGAAAAGAGAAAGAAGCUGGAAAUCCCAUCACAUCCUCAGCUCUGAAGAGAAACAGAGAACAAAACUCAACUCCACCCACUUUUAGAAGACCUCCCCCUGUUGAGCCCCUUUUUGACCCAGAGCUCCGCCCAUUUUUGCUUUCCACCCACUGCGAUGCCCUCUUCACAUCACUGCGAGGACUCAAGGCGGAGGGGCUUUUGUUGGAUUGCAGUUUAAAUCUCCUAGGCCAUGCCCACAAGGCUCACAGAUUAGUGCUCGCUGUUGUCAGUCAGACUGCGGAGGCAUGGCUGUUUUCUGGAGAGGCGGGGCUUCAAGAGCUGGAUGUGGAUGGAGGAAUGGUGACUCCUGCUGGACUGGAGGCUGUACUGGACUUCUGCUACACUGGAGAAAUGAACAGAGGAGAAACUGAGGAACUGCUGGAUGCCUGCAGGGGGUUGAGGGCUGAGAGACUGCUGAGAUUGUGUGGAGGAGAUUCAGUUUCAUUCAGUUCAAGAGAAGAGAGAGAGAGGAGUUUGCAGCUCAUCCGAGCACUGUGGGAGAGGAAUGUUGGCUGUGAUGUCAUCAUACAGACUGACAGCAGCGACCGUUUCCCUGCUCAUCGUGUCAUAUUAGCAGCCGGGGCGGACUACUUUCGUGCUCUGUUCUGCGGUGGGUUACGUGAGUCUGGAGCAGAUGUGGUGUCACUGCACGGCGUUUCGUCCUGGAUUCUGCGUGAUCUGCUGGGUUUUAUCUACUCCGGCCGGCUGAAACUGAGCAGCACAAACGUGUGGCAUCUGACAGAAGCAGCGGCACAGUUUCAGCUGCAGGGGGCGAUGGAGCUCUGCUUAAACUUUCUGCAGGACAACAUGGAUGAAAACUCUUGCCUGGACAUUCUGGCUCUGGCUGAAGCCUACAGUCUGAAGGAUCUGGCCAAACGGGCAGAGGAUUAUGUUUUAGCCCAUUUUCAGAGGGUCUCUGAGGGGGAAAAGUUUAGGGAUCUGCCCUGCACUCAGCUGAAGUGUUUUCUGGACAGAGAUGCACUCAAUGCAGACAGUGAGGUGAAUGUUUUCAGAGCUGUGGUGAACUGGGUCCAGGAGGAUAAACAGCACAGACUGUCUGAUCUCCCAGGAUUGAUGCAGAGCGUUCGCUUUCCUCUCAUGAGGCCUGAGGAGCUGCGGGAGGUGCAGGAGUGUAAGCUGAUGCUCAGGUGUGCAGAAGGAAAAACAGCUCUGGAUGUUGUGAAGAAUCUCCUGCGUGAUGAUCGGAGAUUGUUGGACUGCAAGCCACGCACACCAAAUCAGGUUCUGGUGAUUGUCGGUGGAGAUUGUGUGAAUGAGGAUUUCGAGCGUCGAGAGCCAAACCUGUGCCUGUGGUUUGCCUGUCGGUUUGUGCGUGGAGAAGGCCUCAAGCGCUCCAUCGAGUGGAAACCUUUGGCCCACCUUCCUGAACCACCACGUUUCCGCCACUGCGCAUGCGUCCUCAACAACACACUCUACAUCCUUGGGGGACGCAAAUACUACGGUGCCCUGGACAUACUUAAGAGCGCUCUGAGAUUUGAUCCAGCUCAAGGCCGAUGGGAACGUCUCCCUGACAUGUCCAGAGCCAGGGAUUAUUUUGCGGCUGUGUGUCACAGAGGGAAGGUGUUUGUCCUGGGCGGAAACUGUGAUGACGUGAACUGUCUGGACACAGUGGAGUGUUACACACCUGAGGAAAACACAUGGAGGUUAACUCAUCCUCUAGAUGUGCCUCUCUGUGGUCACGCUGCUGCUGUGUUGAACGGAGAGAUCUUUGUUUCGGGCGGUUACGACUCUCAUCUGCGCUGCUAUCCCUGUCUGUGGCUCUACGACCCGGUGCAUGGCUGCUCCAAACUCGCACCUAUGACAGAAGGGGUGGGACGGGCUGGUCAUGUGAUGCUGGUUUCAGGACACCGAUUGGUUGUAGCCGGAGGGUUGCAGCCGAUGUGGGCGGGGUUUAGAGACCAGCUGCAGUGUGAGUCGUAUGAUCCUGUUCAUGACUCCUGGAUGUCGUUCCCUCUGCUGCCCCGACCGCAUCUCUCGCCCGCAGCCGCCACUCUUGACGGACACCUGUAUGUUUUGGGAGGAUCUUCAGCUGAUUCAGCUCGUGAUACAGCCUGGGUUCAUAGAUACGAUCCACAGGCAAAGUGUUGGGAUAAACUCGGAGCAAUGCCACGACCUUACACGGAUCUGGCUGCAUGUGCUUUACAGCUGCCCGUCAGCCUGAAGACAUGA